UGUCCUCGCUCAACUUGAAGCCUUGAUGGUAGAUUCGAUCCUGGCUCGAUCCGACUCACAUCAGACUCCGACCCACCAUUAAAACCCCGAAUCGACGUCGAGAUCUUCUCUUUUUCCCCCCACCCCCGCUUCUCUUUCUCUCUCUCUCGCUCUAUGACCGCAUGGAUCUCCUCCCCACUCUCCGUCGCCAUUCGCACGGCCAUCCGAACCCUAGGGUUCCUCCUUCACCGCGCCAUUCCCCUCCGUCGCCGCACCCGCCGCCUGCUCCGCCGCCACUCCACCGUCUCCUCCUCCGCCGCCUCCGCCGCAGCUCGAUUCCGAAAUCCUACCUCCAAAUCCGCGGAUUUGGACCAACACGACUACAACCGCCUCAUGUGCGCCCUCGCCCACUCCGGCGACGUCAGCGGCGUCCUCCGCCUCCUCCGCCGCGUGCGGGAGUCCGCGUGCGGCGCCAACGUGCAGUGCUACACCACCGCUAUGCGCGCCCUCGCCUCCGCCGGGCGCGCCGCGGACGCCGAGAAGGUGUUCGAGGAAAUGCUCGACUCGGGGGUGUCCCCCGACCUGGCGGCGUACACCCUUCUCGUGAAGGUGUACGCUUGCCACCUCCAACGGUUGGAUUCCGCCUACGGGGUGAUGACUUGGAUGGCGCGGCGCGGGUGCCCCCCCGAUGUCGUCACCUACUCGACCCUCAUCGCUGGGCUCUGCCACUCAGGCAAAGUCGGCGAGGCGUGGGAGGUGUUUGACGAAAUGCUCCAAAGAAAUUGUAAACCGAAUGCUCAUACUUAUACACCUAUACUCCAAUUCUAUUGCUCGGAGGGUAGAAUUGAAGAGGCCAAGAAGCUUCUAGAAUCGAUGAAGAACACUGGUUGCACACCGGAUACCGUCGUUUAUAACACCUUAAUUCAAGGGCUUUGCAAGGUCGGGAACUUCGACGAGGUCGAGAGCAUUAUAGGAGAGAGCGCGAGAAAUGGUUGGGAGCCGGAUUCUAUUACGUAUAGCACUUACAUAGCUGGGCUUUGCAAGGUCGGUAAGACCGAAGAGGCCUUUUGCCAAUUGGAUAUUAUGCUGGAGAAGGGAUUGAGACCUACCACUAUUGGGUUAAACAUUCUUUUAGAUUGUGUUGGUCAGGAGAUUGAUGUUUGGAAUAGUAAGACUUUGUUGGAGAGGUGCUCUGAGUUGGGUUUUGAGGUCGAUGUUGUCGGCUACAAUACUGUGAUGAGCCAGCUGAGUAAAUUAGGGAGGUGGUUCGAUGUUUUAAAGGUUUUCACAGGCCUGUUUAAGAAGGGAAUAGAACCCAAUAAUCAUUCUUUAAAUAUUCUUAUUUCUAGUCUUUGUAGGGCCGGUAACUUCAGGAUGGCAAGGUUUAUCCUCUGCAGUAAAGGUUUCGUAGUUGACAUUGUCACGUGCAACAUUUUAAUUCACGAGUUCUACCAUGCGGGUAGAGUUGAUGAACUCAGCUUUCUCUUCUCCGAAUUGGAUGUUGGGAGAAUAGCGCCAGAUACCAUCACGUACAGCACGUUAACCGAUUGCCUCUGUAGGAAUGGGAAGAUAUUUGAGGCUGUUGAUUUUGUGAGAUCAAUUGAAAAUGGAUACCCACCGAUGCCGGCGGCACAUUUAACUUAUUGGUUGGUUAGGAGUGGAAAUAUUAAAGAAGCAAUAAGGUUGAUUGAAGAAAUGUUGAAGCAAGGUUUGGUUCUUGAUGGUUGCGUUUUCGAUCUUUUGAUCAAGGCAUUCUGUAGGAAGGGUUGUUGUAAACACACGGAGAUAUCAAAAGUAUGUUUCGUACUAGACAUGAUGCUAGGAAUUGGGUAGUUCGUCACUUGAAUCUAAAUCCUUCGAGCAUAUUUGCUGAAGGAAAACACCAUGCUUAUUUCAGAAAGCUCUCACCCACUCAAGAAAGCAUCCACCCUCGCAUUAUUGGCCCCUGAGAGAAACUUCAUGCAAAUUGGCGGUCGGACUUUUCCGAGGGCAAGCAUGGCUGAUGGCAGCGACCAUAUCCCGUCCCCACAGAUCAACCCUGAUGCAACCGCAGGUGCGAACACUGCUGCACUUCGCUGGUCCACCCACUCCCACACAUACAAUAUUAGGCUUCCUACACACAUGUCGAUCGUGAAGUACGACCCCAGGUAGAAGGGCACCGCCAUCCCCAUCGCGCUCGGCACAUAAUUGAAUAUCCACCAGUUCUUAUACUUGGCUAUCUCCCUCACCGCACUGAUGGCAAAGGCUAGGAGGAAGAAGCCUAGGCAGAAACUGAGGCAAUGGCGGGGGAGGGAGUAGAAGCCCUCAACACCAAGGAGCGCAAUGCCACGGAUUCUGCUUAAAACAAUGAUAGAAUAUUACAAUACCUUUGCAUAUGGAGCUGGGUAUUCGGAGUUUUGGUCUCCCAGCGGGUAGGCUUUGUAGAAGAUCCAAAACACGACAGGCCCAAUAACACAGCCCAUGGCAGUGCCGAUGAUUUGUGAAACAAACAUAGAGCGCGGGGAAGUAAGGGUAAGGUAGCCUGUUUUGAAGUCUUGCAUGAGGUCGGAGGCAGUGGAGACAAUGCCCAUCAUGACACCGCAAGCAGCGAGGCCGGCGACCACGCCACCGCCACUGGCACCAACCCACGCGCCGAAGAUGAAGAUGGCGAGCUUACCAUAGCUGCUAGCGAGGGACCAGUCAGUGAGACCACAGCCAUACGAGUUGCAGAAGGCAAGGAGCGGCGCCACGGCGUAGGCAACAAUGAUGUGGUACGCUUUGAGCUGAGGGAAGAUGUGAGGGACGGCCACAAGGGAGAUGAUGGCAAGGAGGAUGUAGCCUACUGCAGCAGUGGCGCUGGGGAUUUGAUCCUUGAUGAAGACCUUGGUGCGACGGCGAUCGUCAAAGUUGAGGGUUGGGUCUGAGGACGAGGAGUGGGAAGAGCCUUCGUUGCUUCCACUAGUAGAGAAAGGCGUGACAGGGUCCCGCUGGCGGCGCUUAGUGUACAUGUCAUAGGUGGUGUGGAAGAGAACAGCGAGAAAUUGGAAGAGACCAUCACCCAGGAUCAUGGCAAUUGAUAUGAAUACCUGCAUUGUAAUUUAAAAAGAUUUAAAAAGUUGCAAAUAGUAACGCAUUGUACCUCAAUUGGAGUACUACUAUAAAUCGCCCAAAAUCCUGCCUUCAGGGGCUGCUGAUGUGCUUCGAUACAUAACGGGGGAAGCUUUGAUUCAUGCACACAUGCAAUUCAGGGCACUAUAUGGGAUUCCAAGCUUAACAAUUCAUGGGGGACCAUUUGGACAUGAAUUUGUUGUGCAUGAAUGUACGGAUAUAUCAAGUGCAAACAACAGUUUUCCCGCAACAGUUUGUGGUGGAAAAGACUUGAGAGACAGUCUUUUUUUUUUUUUUUUUUCUUUCUAGUUGGACAUGAAUUUGUGGUUCAUAAAUGUACAGAUGUAUACUUUACCUUGUAUCCAGUGAGGCCGUGCAAACUGUCGUGGGGGAGAGCAGCAUCAUACCACUCUCCUUUCUUGCUGUUGAUGUAUGGCCACAGGAUCCCCCAAGAGAUGAUGGAGCCGAGAAGCAGCGAAAUGUUUAUCAGGGAUCAAUUGUGAUUUCCAGAAGCUAAGGGGCUAUCCAUACAUUUUAACCUCGUUUUUAACAAGGAACACAAAAGGGAUCUCAUCCUAAAUACCUGUUCUUAUAAGCUGUGAGCCCAAACGUCGGAAACGCAGCGAAGCCACAGCCUUCUCCUGCUGUGUAAAACCACUGGAAGAAGGACCAUAAGAAGCUGGCACUGAAGGAUUUGAACAGGAGAGAAAUUUGUUGCCUGGAGAGAGUAGAAUGAAUUGGAAGAAGAACCACAUAGUUAAAAUACAGAAAAAGGAUGUAAACUAUAACCAAACUGGUGGUGAUUAUAGUUCUCUGAAGUAUACUUUGCCAGAAGGGCUCCUUGAGGGGUGUGGAAACUGUUGAUCAAAUGAGCUGUUGCGGUGCCACUUGGGUAUGUUAACCUGUACCCAAUGAUCAUGAUCUGAGGGAAAGAAAAUUAUAAUUGAUUCAGUAUUUACAACUUCUUGUUCUUGAUAAAGAUCAUAACAAGCUUCAAAUUAAUUAACUCGCGGUUUGUCUAGCAUUAUUGGAGCUUCUGUAAGUAUUAUAUCAUCAGCGUAGAUGCUUGAAAUUUCACUUGGGUCAUCAAAAUGGAGGCAUUAAUUCUGCAAGAUGAACAUCAAUGGGGCAGGAUGGAAAACAAGCCAAUGAAGCUGACGAGGAAAAGGAAAGCGAUCAUCCAACCGAGAGAGGGCUCCUUGAUGUUGAGAUCCGACUUGGCGUCCUCCAAGCCGUGCGCCACCUGCUUGCUCAUCCCAAGCACGUACGUAUAUGUACUUACCGCUAAAUGCGACUCCGGAGCAUGAGACGACGCAGGUUUGGAUAACGGUGUUCUCCUGGCGGGUGAAGGGCCGGUUGAGCACGCCGACCUGCUCGAGCGCCUUCGUCCACAUCUUCACGAGGAAGAACCCGAGCAACCCUGCGGAGACAUUGAGCGACGGGAUGAUACCAGUGGUGAGGUUCAGCUUCAUGACGAUGAAGCUGAGGAAGAACCCCAGCAUGAGGCUCACGACGAGCGCCCGCGCGGUGAUCUGCUCCGUCCAUUUCGGCACCUCCCUGCAGCUCUCGAACAGCCGCUCCACCGACUCUUCUUCCCCUGCGGCAGCGGCCAUUCCCGCCUCUUCUCGUCUCCCCAGGAGAGGAAAAGAAGCGGGCGCGGCGCAGGACGGAGAGAAAUAGGGCGGCUUGCUGCGUGACUACGUACCAUUGUUAUUGUGUGUGCAGGUUUUGGUUGUUAUAGGGAGAGAGGACAUGGAUGCUUACGCUUGGGUUUUCUAUAUAAAGGGUUGCGGUUUACAGGGAAGAGAGAGAGAGAGAGAGAGAGAGAGAGAGAGAGAGAGAGAGGAGAUGAAGUAGAACCCACGGUGGAGAUUCCGUUUGAUGGAUUGAGGGAUGAGUUGGACGGUGAUCCGUGGUGCGUGUUGACCUGGUUUUUGUUUGCUAUUUGUGGGUGGUAUUUUAUGAAAUUUUUUUUAGGCGUGUAUUGAUUAAAUCGAUCUUUUGGAUAAUAUGAUGUAAUAAUUAAUUUAAAAAUUUUUUUUUAUAUGA